AUGACCUCGUCGACAGCCCGGAACCUGAGGCGCUACGAUCCCGUGCACAACCAGAAUCCCCUCCCAUACGGUGCUUACUACUCGGAAGAGAAGCUCUGGGACAGGAUAUCCCAGCCCAGCGUCCUCGUCCCCGUCCUCGUGCUCCUGGUGACGGCCGCCUACCAAUUCGCCCACAACCAAGCAGCCUCCCGCGGCCGACAGCUACCCUCCGUGGGCGACCUCAUCUGGGACGCAGUCCCCGCAACCCACGCCGCGAAGAGCGAUGUCCUCCGUAAGAUCUUGAGGACCGACCAGCCCGGCGGCAUCGUGGCUUCCGUGUCUGAGGCCGGUCGACGCACACUGUCAAAUACAUUCUCGGGGCCCAAGACCAAGUCGGACCAGCCUGCUGGCUUGGGAAACUGGGACAACUCCUGCUUCCAGAACAGCAUCUUACAGGGCCUGACCUCUCUGAAACACCUCCCGCGCUACCUCGGCGGCUUCACCACCCCCGGGCCAUCACCAGCCAAAGACCAGACGACCACCGCCGGGACAUUGCGCUCUUUCAUCGCCGAACUGAACGACACGUCCAACAAUGGCAGGACACUAUAUACCCCCAGCGUACUCAAGAACAUGAGCACGAUACAGCAGCAAGACGCGCAGGAGUACUUCUCGAAACUCAUGGACCAGAUUGACAAGGACAUAGAAAAGGCUGCUAAGGCCGCCUGCCGACAAACUGGUCUCGAGGCAGACCUCAACAGGGACGAUACUGCGGCCAGUCAACACAGCGACGACAGUGGAUACCAGAGCCUGCCAAUACUGUCCAAGGCCGGCUCGGAGCUGGUGACUGUUCGCAACCCGCUUGAAGGCCUCUCGGCCCAGCGCGUCGCGUGCAUGUCAUGUGGGCACUCCGAGGGGCUUUCCAUGAUCCCCUUCAACUGUCUGACCCUGAAUUUCGAGGUCGGCGUCUCGCAUUACGACCUCUUCGAGCUGCUGGACAACCUCGUACGGCUUGAACCCAUCCAAGGUGUUGAGUGUGUGAAGUGCACUCUCGUCGAAUACCGAAAAUCGCUGCAGCGCCUCUCAAAGGCCGUGCCUGCCGCCGCGACCAGGUUACAGGCCGUGGAAGAGGUUCUGGAGGACGAGGAGUUCGAUGACAAGAUCCUGAAGCAGCUCAAGAUCCCGGACUCGCAGAAGGUCAGCUCGACCAAGACGAAACAGGCAGUGAUAGGAAGACCUCCGCCAAGCCUAGUGAUACACAUGAACCGCUCGGUCUUCGACCCAAGCACCUUCCGCUCAUACAAGAACCUCGCUGCGGUCGAGUUCCCCAAGACCUUGGACCUGGGCCCUUGGUGUAUCGGAAGUGCCGAGGGAAAGUCGGCUCCGGUGGCAACAAAGCCACAGGGCGGUGAAUCCCAAGAGAAUGCCAGUGAUGAGGAGAAAUGGGUGCUCGACGCCAGGGCAUCAAUGGUGGCGGGCGAUGCGCACCCGUCCAAAAUCUCGGGCCCCAUCUAUGAGUUAAGAGCUGUAGUGACCCAUUACGGUAGACACGAGAACGGUCACUACGUCUGCUACAAGAAAGGGAAUACAGGUAUACACGAUGCCGACAAGGCUGGCGAAGAGGACCUGGACCAACCGCCAAAUCUGGUGGGAGACGACGCCCCCGACGAAGUCGACGGUGUCAACAAAACCAGGCUGGACGAAGCCAACCCUCCGGCGGACACGGAAGAGCCAUAUGGCGAGGAAGCGGGCUCCCAAUGGUGGCGCCUCAGCGACGAGACCGUCUACAAGGUCAGCGAGCAGGACGUCCUGUCACAGGGUGGAGUUUUCAUGCUGUUCUACGACUGCGUCGACCCCAACUCCGUCCUGGUCACGCCCCACGAGCCCAAGGAGACAGAGGCGUUCUUCGAACCCGCCCAGUCGUGGUCCGAGGACUCGGUUGCCACCCUCUGCAACCCGGCAGUAGCAGCGCCGGCAAAGGCCGGCGUGGUGGACUCGCAAGCCAGCCCGGCAAAUCUGUUCGGGAUCCUCUCGGCUGGGUAG